CGGACACCGCUCUCGUGGGCUACAGAGAUAGGCCACGAGGCUAUUAUAAAGCUGCUGCUCGAUUUUGGCAAAGUCGAUGCCGACCCGAAGGAUGAAUCUAGUCGGACGCCGCUCUCGUGGGCUACAGAGAUAGGAGACGAGGCUAUUGUAAGGCUGCUGCUUGAUUCUGGCAAAGUCGACGCUAACUCGAAGGAUAAUGCUGGCCGGACGCCGCUCUCG